AUGGACGUCCAAGCAGUGGAGCUCGGCUGCGCCGCCGACGAAGGUCGCUUGGCUGAUGUGAAGCGACUCGUCGAGAUCGACGGCGUCGAUCCCAACUACGGCUCUGGGAGAGCCCUGUGCUACGCAGCGGCGAAUGGCCAUGCGCACGUCGUGGCCUACUUGCAGACACAGAAGGUGGCGACCGACUUUUGCGAUCGCGACGGAUACACGCCGCUUUUGUACGCAGUACUUGGCAACUUUCCCGACAUUCUGCGUCUGCUCUUGGACGCUAACGUCGACGUCGACGCAGCUACCUACAAGGGUCAAUCGCUGCUGCACGUGGCUCUGGACAAGAAGCACGACGGUAUCGCACAGCUUUUGCAAAACCAUCUUCGUCGCCAGCGCCAAUUCACGCUGGUGGCAGCGCUGCAGGACGGCCGGCUCUCGGACGCCAAGGUCAUCUUGUCCCAAGACAAUAUUGACGCCACCCUCUUCGAUGACACGGGUCGCCCACUGGUCCACCGCGUCGUCGAAACGGGGAAUCUCGAGCUCCUGCACAAGCUCCUUGCAAAGCCAAAUGUCAACAUUGACGUGACCGACAAGCAAGGACAAACGGCGCUCGCCUCCAUCGCAGUCAAAAACACUGCCAGUAUCGUCCACGCUCUUGUCAACGCCAACGCACGUCUGGACCUGCUGGACGAGGGUUCGGUGGUUCAAUAUGACGGUUUUGGCGCGCUGCUGCUGCAUGCAGCGUCGACCAACAAUGUGCGCACCGUCAACAAGCUCCUACGUGCCGGCGUCGCGCCCACUUCGACCAACAACAACGGAGAAACCGCACUCCACCUGGCCGCUGCGAGUGGCAGCUCGGCCGUGGUCCAGCACCUGCUUGAGAUGGACGCAUCGCUCGCGCGUCGCCGAGACGCGCAAGGCUAUCUGCCGCUGCACAGCGCCGUGACCUCCGGUCAAGCGGCGGUCGUCGAGGCGCUUCUCAAGACGGCGACCCGCGGCGACCUCGCGAGUCCCAACGCUAACGGCGAUACGCCACUGGACGUCGCGGUCCAAGGUGGCCACGCAGCGAUGGUUGCGCAGCUGCUACAAGCCCAAGCGUCCCUUGGCUCGACGCCUCGUGAGGGAUGGAGCCUUCUGCACCAGGCUGCCUUUGCGGGCAAGCGCGACGUCAUCGAGGUCCUACUCAAGAGCAACUUCAACAUCUUUACGACCACGAAUGCGGGCGAGACCCCGUUGGCACUUGCCAUCCAGCAGCAGCACGCGCGUACCGUCCUGCAGACCUUGCGGAAUGCGGAAGCUGCCGAGAAGCAGCGCUUUUUGGAGGCCGUGCGCGCCGGCGUCGACGACGACGUUCAACGCUUCUUGGCAAAAGGCGUGGACGUCAACACGACAGACGCGACCACGGGCUUGUCUGCACUGCGAUUGGCGGUUGCGGCCAACGCGCCACGAGUGGUCGAGCGACUAUGGCGUGCGGGCGCCACCGUGGACGCUACGGAGGGCAUGGCGCUCGUGUCUCUGGCGGCCCAAAGUGGUCAUGCCGACAUGGUCGAGCUGCUCUUGACGAUGCUGCCCCCCGACACGACUGCAUCGGCUAUCGCAGCCAGCUACACCGAGGUCAUCAACAGUGGCUGCGCCGAGGUCGCCCGCGUCCUUCUCUCGCAUUCGCAGCGAAGUGCGGCGUCUGCAGACCACGCCAAGAUGCUGGCCUUUUUGGCGACCGCAGCAGGCCAGGUGGAGGUGCUACAACGACUCCUCGCCGACGAUCCCAAGCGCUUGACAGACGACACGACUGCCCGAGGCAGCUCGCUGCUCAUGGUCGCCGCCGCCAGCAACAGCGUCGAGAUGAUCGAGAUGCUUCUGUCUCUGCUGGCGCCCGUCCCCGAGGCCAAUGAGGCGACUUAUGGGUCGUUGAAGGCUCGUCGCGUGGUACUUCAAGCCGCCGUCACCCAUCUCACGGCCCGCAACAAGGAUCACAAGACAGCUAUGCAGCUUGCGACGAGCAAGAACGCGAAAGCACGCCUCGAGAGCUUUACCAAAGAUACGCAAGCCACGCUGAAGAGCGUGGACAGCCAAAUAGCAUCCAAGGAAACCGCGCUGGCGGACGCUAUGCGUGCGGGUCAUUGGACGGCCGUCACCACCCUCUUGCACGAAGGCGUCGUUGCCGCCAAUGAUAUGCGCAAGGAGGUCGACCAAGGCGUCGCAACAGACGACGCAAACUUGUUGCUGGCGCUUCUCGGCAGUGCCACGGAUGAGACCAGAUGCAAGAUGUACCACACGGUGCUGACGGCCGCCGUGGCCCAGAGAAAGACCCAGCUGGUGUUACGUCUUCUUCACACCAGCCAUAGCAACUUGACGACGGACGUGAGCAGUCUUUUGCACCACUGCGUCGAGACGGACCAGCCGACACUGCUCACGCUGCUGCUUGCAAGUCCCUGUGUCAACAUCAACGCUACAAACCAGGAGGGGUAUACAGCACUGGCGCUGGCCGUCAGCCGCAACCGCAGUACCGUGGCCCAACUGCUCUUGAGCCUUGGUGCUGACGCGUCCAUUCCACUUCCGUCGACGACUGGCGUGGACCUGACCCUACUGCAAAUCGCGACGCAAGGGCUACCAGAGACACGCAGCAUUCGAGACGCUCUCUUGGCAGCCAUUGGUAUCGUCCUUGACGACGCAGACCCGGAAUCGAUUAACAAAGCCUUGUUGCGGGCGGUGUUGGACGGCCGCGAACGCGCCGUGCGCUGUCUUUUGGCCAUGGACGUUGAUGUCUGGACCAUGCAGCCGGAACAAGGCGACAAGACGUUACUGGCCGUGGCGAUCCAACGCGGCCACAACGCUGUCGCCCAAGUACUCUACCCACGCAUGUACCCCGCGCCGGUAUCGGUUUUGGCCACUGACCUCCGCGUCGGCAUCGCCAUUUUCGGGGGACCUAAUGUGACUGUGUACGCAGCCUCGUACGAGAGCAAGGACGUUGUUCUCAAAGGCCCCAAAUUUCCCAACAAGCGCAUGAUGACGGAAUUUCAACGCGAAGUGGCCGCCAUGCAAACGGCCACGUCGCCGUACUUGAUGCCACUCAUCGGUAUCCUCGACAACCAGUCGACGUCGCCCCACACGUUCAAGCCGCGUGGUCAGUUGUACAGUCCAACCAUGGUCAUGGAGUACAUGGACCUUGGCGACUUGCACGACUAUAUUCAGUCGAAAAGCCACCAGGUCGAUGUCGGACUCGAACUCGCGACGAUCGAUGUGGCGCUCGUGCUCGCGUUGGCCCUUGCGGAUUUGCAUGGCCGCGGCGUCAUCCACCGCGACGUCAAGAGCCUCAACAUUUUUCUCUCGACCACCUACUACGUCCGGCUUGGCGACCUUGGCUCGGCGCGGACCCUCGACACGGACAGCGUCAUGUCGUCCAACGUCGGCACCAAGUACUGGAUGGCGCCCGAGGUGCUGCGCGUGCCGGGGCAUGCAGGCGAAGGCCGAGCGUACACGACGGCCGCCGACAUCUACUCGUUCGGCGUCGUCUUGACCGAGCUCGACACGCUCUCCGAGCCGUUUUCAGAUAUCCCUGCUGCCAACCGCGGUGCGAUCGAGGAGGCCGUUCGCUUGGGCCAGCUGCGCCCAAAAAUGAGUGCAACGUGCCUCCCGUGGCUUCAAGCCCUCGCGGACAAGUGCUUGGCGUUCGACCCGACGGCGCGUCCGACGGCCGCCGCGAUCGUCGACGAGCUCCUGCUGCGCCGCAAGUCUGAGAUUGCAGCAUCGACCAGCAAUCGUUGUCAGCCGCCGGAGGUUCCUGAAAGCUGCCGCACGAGCAGCAAGGCCGCCUAA